CUGGAUAACAGAGAGUGGCGCUAAACCUGGUUAGCUGUAACCUCUAUCCGCUUUUAUCAAUUCGUUUUUCAUGGUGAUGAUGACCUCUCGCGAUUGCUCUUCAUGGCUUAGUGUUCGCUCUCCCACCGCUACCUCAGUUUCCCUCAAGCGCCAUUCCUCUCUCUUCUCCGUCUCCUGUAAGAAGGUGACCGUUUUCCCAAGUUGCUCCAGUGGUUCCACUGAUUCAUCUUCAUCUUCAUCACCAUCUACUCGCUCUUACACUCGACGAUGGUAUAAUCCUCUAAGACGGAGAAAUUUCGAGCCGGCUCCUGAAAUUGAACGCCAUUGGGUUGAAGCCGAUCAUGAAGCACUAGCAUCUACCGAAAGAUUCACCGUGGUAUCUUAUAACGUACUGGCGGAUAGAAAUGCUUAUGAGCACAGAGAUUUAUACUCAAAUGUUCCUUCUCAGUACCUGAAGUGGAAUCAUCGUAAGAGAGUUAUUUGUAAAGAACUCUUUGCUUUGGACCCAGAUAUUAUAUGUUUACAAGAGGUUGACAGGUAUUGGGAGAUCUCAAACACUUUGGUUAAAGCAGGAUAUAUAGGAUCUUAUAAGAGGCGUACUGGAGACACAAUUGAUGGUUGCGCUUUGUUUUGGAAAGCUGACAAGUUUCGGUUAUUGGAAGGAGAGAGUAUUGAAUUUAAGGGCAUUGGUCUCCGUGAUAAUGUUGCUCAGCUUUCAGUUUUUGAGAUGCGUAAAUCUGACUCGAGAAGACUACUAGUCGGUAACAUCCAUGUGCUUUAUAACCCAAGCAGAGGAGAAGUUAAACUAGGCCAAGUUCGUUCACUCUUGUCAAGAGCACAGACGCUUUCAGAAAAAUGGGGAAAUGUUCCUGUUGUGCUUGCGGGUGAUUUUAAUAGUACUCCUCAGAGUGGUAUAUACAAGUUCUUGACAUCGUCUGAGUUAAAUAUCAUGUUAUAUGACAGAAGGGAAUUAUCUGGACAGAAGAACUGUCAUCCUGCUCAAGUCUUAGGCUAUAAAAAAGAGGCAGUCAAUCCAUUUAUCUUAAUUGAUAGAUUGUUUCAAAACUGGACAGAUGAGGAGGUAAUAACUGCAACAGGAAGUUCUGAGCGUCACUUCGUUGUGCACCCAUUCAAACUUAACAGUUCUUAUGCCAAGGUUAAGGGUUCAGCAAGUACUCGGGGAUUCAAUGGUGAACCCUUGGCAACUUCCUACCACUCAAAGUUUCUUGGCACUGUUGAUUACUUAUGGUACUCUGACAGCAUCAUACCAACAAAAGUUUUGGAUACUGUUCCAAUUAAUAUUCUCCGGAGGACAGGUGGCCUUCCCUGCAAGGGGGUGGGAAGUGAUCACUUGCCUUUGGUUUCGGAAUUUGCCUUCUCACUUACCACCAAUGCAACUACCGAACUAGAUGCAGAGGCAGCAUCUUCUCCUGCAGUAGAGAAUUAAAGAACACAACAACCUGUUGUCAGAAAUCAGCUGAGUGUUUGUGUUUCGAAACAAUAUUUGAUUUUAAAUUUUACUUGGGUUCGCCUGGACUAUUGGGAAACAGCAUGAUAAGCUUGGUAGUGCAGAGGAAUACAGUAAGGAAAACGCCUCCUUAAAAUUUCUUAGGUAUUUAUUAUUAAGUUUUUCAGUAAAAACAUAGUAUGCGAAAUAAUUUUUUUUCUUUAAAGACUCAAUCAUAUGGAGUUGUUAAAGAUAUCUAAAUAGCUAGUUUUCGUUUAAGAAUUAGAACUUGACAGUAAAUUGUCACAAAUUAUGCUGAAGUUUGUAUAUGUUAUGAUCAAGGUAUCGAUUGCCAUGUUUUAUCGUUCUGUCUUUCAAAAA